UUCAAUACCGAAUGGCUGUAUGUAAUAAUGUCAAUGUUUUUUUAAUAGGUAAACGGCUAUUUCAACAAUGGCUUGUUGAUAGCUAUGUAAAAACAGAAAAAGAUAGAAUUAAUUGGUGUAAAGAAAAUCAAAAACAUUUGAGAGUGGAAAAGCACCAAGGACUGAUUGACUAUUUAGAAAAAAAGUGGCUGAUACUAAUGUUUAUAUUGGACGUGUAAUAAUACUUCCUUCUACAUUUAUUGGUUCACCUAGAAAUAUGAUGCAAAAUUAUCAAGAUGCGAUGACUAUUGUUCGCAAAUAUGAAACGCGGUUUGCCGCACAUACAUAUGUUAAUAACUAUGAAACAAAAUUGCAAAAUUACUAAUUUGGAAACUGUUGAUAAAUAUAUUUCUGCUGAAAUUCCCGAUCCUGCUAUUGAUAAAAAUUUACAUGAAAUUGUCAAGAAGAAUGUGAUUCAUGGACCAUAUGGUGAUUGGUGUAUGAUAAGUGGAAAAUGUUCAAAACAUUUUCCAAAAUCCUUUCACGAAGAAACAACUAUGGAUGAAAAUGGUUAUCCACAAUAUCGUCGAAGAGACACUGGCAUUUUGUAUGAGAAACCCGAAGAAUUUGUAGUAGAUAAUCGGUUUGUUCCUUAUUGUCCCAUAUUAUCACAAAUUUUUAAUUGUCAUAUUAAUGUUGAAGUUGUUUCAAGUAUUAAGUCAGUAAAGUAUUUAUACAAAUAUAUUUACAAAGGUCACGAUGCAGCAUCUGUAGUUAUAGAACAAGAUGUGAAUAAUGUAGAAAUUGUUUAUGACGAAAUCAAAGAUUUUAUUGAAGCACGCUAUGUAGGACCAGUUGAAGCUUACUGGCGUUUGUAGGUAAAACAUUACAAGAGAAGAGUCAUGCUAUUAUUCGUCUAUCUGUACAUUUGCCAAAUGAACAGAUUAUACAAAUAUAUUUACAAAGGUCACGAUGCAGCAUCUGUAGUUAUAGAACAAGAUGUGAAUAAUGUAGAAAUUGUUCAUGACGAAAUCAAAGAUUUUAUUGAAGCACGCUAUGUAGGACCAGUUGAAGCUUACUGGCGUUUGUAGGUAAAACAUUACAAGAGAAGAGUCAUGCUAUUAUUCGUCUAUCUGUACAUUUGCCAAAUGAACAGAAUGUUAUUAUAUCUAAUAAAUCAAAUUAACAAGAUUUACAAUCUGCUUUAGAUCGUAUAACAAUGUUAAUGGAUUAUUUUAAAUAAAAUAAACGAAAUGUUGAUGCACGUCAGUAUGUAUAUACAGAUAUACCUUUAUAUUUUGUAUUUAAAAAGGUAACAUUUAACGGAAAACAAAUUUAUCGUUGGAAAAAACGUCAAUGUCAUUUUAACUAUAUUGGACGCAUGUACUCAGUUAGCCCAACUGAAAUCGAAUUAUUUUAUUUACGUAUUCUUUUAUUGAAUGUCAAAGGAGCAACAUGCUAUAAUGACUUAAAAACAGUCAACAAUGGUGAAUUACAUCAAACGUUUACUUCUUCAUGUUUAGCUUUAGGCUUAAUUGAAGAUAAUGAAGAAUAGAAAUGUGCAAUGAACGAAGCUUCUAUUUGGAUGAUGCCAAGACAACUUAGGUUACUUUUUGUUCGAAUAUUAAUACAUUGCCAACCAGGGCAUUCAAAAGAAUUGUGGGAUGAAUUUCAAGUUGCAAUGUCAGAAGAUUACAUACGACAAUUUGGACGAGUCACUGGGAUAAGAAAAGCUUAUAUUCAAAUUGGUCAAUUACUUUGCAAAGAAGAUUGGGAACUUUCACAAUUUCCAGAAAUGGAACAAAUAACGAUUGAAUAUGAAAAAGAACAUGCCAAACAAUUGGAAAAAGAAGUCUUACUUGGUCAACAACAAUACAGUCGGUUAAAUCAUGACCAAAAAAUAAUUGUUGAUUAUGUUUUAACUCUUUUAGAAAAAACUGAUGGUCAACAAUUAAAAUGUUUAUACAUUGACGGUUUAUACAUUGACGGUUUAUACAUUACCUGGAGAUUCAGGUAAAAUUUUUGUUUAUACAACAUUAUAUUAUAUUACUAUUUACUCAAGUCUCAAAACAAAGUUGUUAGUACAAUGGCUUUCACUGGUUUCGCUGCAACGUUACUACCGAAUGGAAAAACAACACAUAAAACUUUAGGUUUGCCCAUGCCUCUUUUUGCUGACUCAACAUCGAAUAUAAAAAUUCAAUCAAAAGAAGCUGAAUGUUUGAAGAAAACAGAUGUUUUUAUUUGGGAUGAAGCACCAAUGGCACCGCGAUAUGCUCUUGAAGUGAUGGAUCACCUUUUGCAAGAUUUAAUGCAAAAUAAUCUAAAAUUUGGUGAUAAAAUUGUUAUUCUUGGUGGGGAUUUCAGACAAUUAUUGCCAGUACAACAAAACGUUACACGGUCUGAAAUUGUAAAUUUGUCAAUUAAAUUUAGCUCAUUAUGGCAACAUUUCAAAAUCUUUUCAUUAACGGAAAAUAUGCGUAUUUUACGACAUGAACAAGAAUUUGCUAAUUUUUUAUUAGAUUUGGGAAAUGGUACUUUGAAUGAUCAAUUUAAUAAUAUUGAAGUUCUACUGAGAUGUGUAACAGAUUUGAACGCAAAUAUAGUAAAAGAUACAUACGAAGAAAUAUUUAAACACUAUCAGUAUAGACUUACAGCAAAACGUGCUAUACUUUCUGCACGAAAUGUUGAUGUGGAGGAACUAAACAAACAAGUUGUAAAUUUACUUGACGAAUCAACAGAAAGAGUGUAUACAAGUAUAGACACUACAGAAACUAUUAACGAUAUUCAUGAUAUUAAUAAAACUAUUUUAACAGAAUAUUUGAGUACUUUAAAUCCAGCGAUUCUUCCACCUCAUAAACUUCGAUUAAAAAAAUACACGAUUAUCAUGUUGAUUAGAAAUCUAAACAUCAGCGAAGGUUUAUAUAAUGGAACAACAUUGUUAAUUUUAGAGUUAAGAAACAAUUUGUUAAAAUGCGAAAUUUUAACUGGUGAUAAAAAAGGGGAAAUAGUUUUUUUAAAUCGCAUAACUUUAUAUUGUGAAAACGUUUAUUCAUUUGUGAUGAAAAGAAGACAAUUUCCGAUAAAAAUAGCUUUUGCUAUGACAAUAAAUAAAUCACAAGGACAAACAUUUGACAAAAUUGCAAUUGAUUUAAGAAGAUAUUUUUAAUCAUGAUCAACUUUAUAUGGCAUUUUCACGAGUUAGAUCUUGGAAAUCAUUGAAAAUUGAUUUAGGACAAAAAA